CCUAGACUCGGGGUAUCUAUUGUCGUGCUUGCCUACUACAUGCUCAACAUGGCCCUCUGGAGAAUGCUUCCUGCUCAAGAAAUGUAUGGUACGAAGCUAGUUCACCAUGACCGACCAUUGAAAUAUCGACUAAACGCUUUCACAACAAGCUUGAUUCACCUGACAAUCUGCGGAAUCGGUACCUAUAGUCAGGGUGCGAACUUCAUCGUUUGGACAUAUAUCACCGACCAUUAUGUGGAGAUUUUGAUGGCCAACAUGGUUAUUAGCUUUACUGCGUCACUCUAUCUCUAUAUCCACAGUUUUGGCGUCGAUUGUAGGUAUCCCAACCCCGAGCUUCGCGAACUAGCCCCCGCUGGUCACACGGAUAAUCAGUUCUAUGACUUCUUCAUCGGCCGAGAGCUCAACCCCCGAGUCACCUUGCCUAUUUUCGGUGAAGUAGACCUCAAAAGUUGGUUUGGGAUGCGCCCAGGCCUGACAGGCUGGAUGUUAGUGGAUUUGGCAUUCAUGGCAAAACAAUAUCGCAGCUAUGGCUAUGUCUCCAGCAGCAUGAUCUUUGUCACUUCGGUACAAUCUUACUAUGUACUUGAGGGUCAGUACAACGAGGCUGGCUUCCUAACCAUGCGGGAUAUCACCACGGAUGGCCUGGGUUUCAUGCUCACUUUCGGUGAUCUUGUCUGGGUGCCAUUUCUCUAUUCGACACAGUGCCGUUAUCUCUCGGUCUACCCUACGCCUCUGAGCUGGAUGCAAAUGGUCACCACGAGUGUAUGUUUUGUCCUUGGAUUAUAUAUAUUCCGUGCCUCCAACUCGCAGAAGAUUAUCUUCCGCACACGACCCAGUGAUCCUCGCGUGGCUCAUUUAUCCUACAUACAGACCAAACGCGGCACAAAUUUACUCACAGCCGGUUGGUGGGGGAUUUCACGUCAUAUAAAUUAUCUUGGUGAUUGGCUGCAAUCUUUUCCAUUUUGCCUCGCAACUGGACUCGCGGGAUAUGCGAUCAUUCCUGCGGGGCAUGCUGUGGCACCGGAGGCUUUUCAAAUGCUGGACGGACGCCAGGUUGUGCAAGGUCCUGCGAGAGGCUGGGGGGUGUUGUUCACGUAUCUUUAUGCCGUCUACUUUGCUGUAUUGUUGAUACAUAGGGAGAAAAGGGAUGAUGCGCUUUGUUCAGAGAAAUAUGGAAGUGAUUGGCAGAGAUAUAGGAAGAUUGUGAGAUGGAGGAUUGUGCCAGGGGUGUAUUAAACAACCCUCUUUAGACGUGGGCUUUGGAUGUGAUUGAUUCAUUACUACUGUUACGAUAUUUUCAAUGGAUUUUAAUCGUUAGCUUUGCUUCCUUAGAUUGAAGAAACCACGUCAACGGUUAUAGUAAGUAAUAGUCCAUUCCUCAGAUAGGGCUUGGCGUGGAAGAGACCUGAGGUCUCAAUGCACACUGACGAC